AUGGCGUAUGCUUGGUAUUGGCUCGAUGAUUCUGGGCAGUGGAUUGAGUAUGGGGAAGAGCAUCCAGAUCACUGCUCUGCCACGGUAACAUCUGCAGAUCUGGAGAAGAAAUUUCUAGCUGACCGCAAAGGCAUUGUGUCAUUCAGGGCUGGUUCUCAGAAGUAUGAGUUAAACUUUGAAGACAUGGUCCAAACAAAUUUGAUCUAUGAAACUCAAAGAAAAGUUGCCCGGCUGCCAAAAUUUCUGUCCUCUCAAGGUGGACAAGACAGAAGCCAAAAUAUGACUCUAUCACAUUUUGUCUGUCCUCCACAAUGGGACCAAUCUGCGCUGCCUGAUAUCGGGUUCAAGUUGGUACAGCUCAGUUACUCUUCCCAUGAAUAUGGAAAAAUUAAGAGACUGUUUGAGAAGACGAUGAAAGAUUACUGCAUCCACCAGCUACAGAGGAUCCAGAACCCAACACUUUGGCAAGUUUUUCAGUGGCAAAAGGAGCAGAUGACGAAGCUCAGUAAAUCGAAAUGGGUAGACGAGCGGCUCCUGUUCCAUGGGACAAGUCUGUCCCACAUGCCUGCCAUCUGUGAGCAGAACUUUGACUGGAGGAUCUGUGGGAUUCAUGGGACAAUGUAUGGAAAAGGAAGCUACUUUGCCAGAGAUGCCAGCUAUUCUCAUGAGUACUGUUCCUCUCACAGUGGUCGCUACAGCAUGUUCGUAGCUCACGUUCUUGUUGGAGACUUUGUUCAAGGAAACCCCGAAUACCUUCGCCCUCCACCCAGAGCCAGCAAUUCAAACAGACUUUACGACAGCUGCGUGGAUGACCCAGCAGACCCUUCCGUCUUUGUCAUCUUUGAGAAGCACCAGAUUUACCCUGCCUAUAUCUUAGAGUACAGCAGUGGGGCCCAAUGUAUGAUCCUGUAA